AUCUGCUGAUAUAUUUACCAACUUCACCGGCAGGGAACUAGUUCUUCGAGUCCACCCAGUCACAUUUUUCCGGAAACGCAAAACUCACUAAUAAGUUUUGAGAGAUCUCUCUCGCUUCUCACAUACUACUAACUGCAUCAACAACAAUCUUCUACGAACCCUAAAGUUUAACCCCCACAAUUUCAGAAUCCUAAAUCCAAUUGGUUGGUUUCACUACACAAGAAUCAUCGAAAAAAAAAAUCCUCACAUCAAAUCCCAUUCAAAACCCAAGUUCAGAUCUCAAUUUCUCAAGAGAAAAGUGGAUUCAAAGAGACCCAAAUCAGGAAGGAUAAUUCUGCAAGAUUGAUUUUGUUUAGUGCCCAAAUCCUAAACAUUUCUUGGGUACUUAAUAACAUGGGGCAAGAGCUUAUCUCCAAAUCUAGAGAGACAAGAGUCUGAACUGUGCAACAAAUAUCACUUUGAUCAUCAAAAUUUCAGCUCCUCUUUCUCUGUGUACGAUGGAUGAACAUCAAAAAGGAAUGCUAUUAGAAUGUGCAUCAAAAUAUCCAAUUCCACAAGGUGUAAAGAUAUUAUAUGGAACUGCUGGAUUUAGAGCAGAUGCAUCAAUUUUAUCAUCAACUGUAUUUAGAGUUGGGAUAUUAGCAGCUCUAAGAUCAUUAAAAACUAAAUCUGUUAUUGGAAUUAUGAUUACUGCUUCACAUAAUCAGAUUUCAGAUAAUGGUGUUAAAAUUGCUGAUCCAAGUGGUGGUAUGUUGACACAAGAAUGGGAACCUUUUGCUGAUUUACUUGCUAAUGCUCCCGAUCCGCUAAAUCUUGUUAAGUUGAUCGCGGAGUUUGCAGAGAAAGAGAACAUUUCAUUUGGAGGAGAUUAUUCUGCUGAAGUUCUUUUGGGAAGAGACACAAGACCAAGUGGUGAAUCUCUUCUUGAAGCUGCAAGACAAGGAAUUAAUUCUGUAAUUGGCGCCGUGGCUACCGAUAUGGGAAUUCUUACUACACCACAACUCCAUUGGAUGGUUCGUUAUCGAAAUAUGGGCAAAAGUGCAUUAGAAAGUGACUAUUUCAAACAAAUCUCCAACUCUUUUAGGUGCCUAAUGAAUUAUAUACCCGAGGAAAUGACCGCAUCUGAGAUGGAUGAGUUGAUUGCAGAUGGAGCUAAUGGAGUAGGCGGAGAAAAACUUGAAGUGGUCAAAAAAACUUUGAGCGGUUUGGAAAUUCAGGUCCGCAAUUCGGGUAAGGAAGGAGAAGGUGUUCUAAACCAUGGAGUUGGUGCUGAUUUUGUGCAGAAGGAGAAGAUUGUUCCGUCUGGAUUUGAUCAGAUUGAUGUGGGAAAGAGGUGUGCAAGUUUAGAUGGAGAUGCUGAUCGGUUUGUUUAUUUCUACGUGCUACCUGGAAGUAACAACAAGAUUGAACUUGUUGACGGAGAUAAGAUACUAUCACUUUUCGCUUUAUUCAUCAAGCAGCAAUUGACUGUUUUAAACAGGGAAGAUGGUCGUCAGGUACACCUUGGCGUUGUUCAGACAGCCUACGCGAAUGGAGCAUCCACAGAUUACCUUAAGAAGUUGGGUCUAGAAGUUGCACUUACCCCAACAGGUGUGAAAUAUUUGCAUGAGAAGGCUUACGAUUAUGAUAUUGGAAUAUAUUUUGAAGCAAAUGGACAUGGAACAAUCUUGUUCUCUGCAAGUUUCUUAUCUUGGUUGGAAACAAGGAAUAAAGAGCUUGCUUCUACAUCUGAAGGUUCAGAACUGCAACUUUCUGUUAAGAGGCUGUUGGCAAUUAGUGAAUUGAUCAAUCAGGCAGUUGGAGAUGCUUUGAGUGGGGUUCUUUUGGUGGAGGUCAUCUUACGGCAUAUGGGAUGGUCAAUCCAGAGGUGGAGUGAGCUGUAUCAGGAUCUACCUAGUAGGCAGCUUAAGGUUAAAGUCAUGGACAGAACUGCGGUUAUUACAGCAAAUGCAGAAACUGAGGUAGUGAAACCUACAGGUCUUCAAGAAGCAAUAAACUGUGAAGUUGCUAAGUACACUAUGGGAAGAUCAUUUAUAAGGCCAUCAGGUACUGAGGACGUCAUACGUGUAUAUGCAGAGGCAUCAACACAAGAAGAAGCUGAUAACUUGGCCAAAUCUGUGGCCCAGCAUGUCAAUCGUUUUCUUGGAUUUGGCAGUAGCUAAUAUGUAGGUGUAUGAGGUAUUUUCUGUACAUUGACUAGUUUAACCAUGCCAAGUUUGAGACUUGUUUAUCUUCGCUAUUUGUAAUUUGUUUUCGACAAAAAUAAGAAAGUUGUGCAAGAUUUUUCUUCUGAUUUAUUGGACAUUGGAGUAAUAUCCUAAUUACCCUCCUGGCCGGAAGUUGAAAA